AUGGAUCGUAUGGCAUUGGCAAUGGAACAGAUGGCUGAGUUUAUGGAUCGUAUGGCAUUGGCAAUGGAACAGAUGGCUGAGUUUAUGAUGGGUAUGGCAUUGGCAAUGGAACAGAUGGCUGAGUUUAUGAUGGCUCAGCAGGCCCAGAAUCAAAAUCAGGGACACCCUCGGGUCGACUUUGCUAAAGCCAUAGCAAGUAGACACCCACCGAAUUAUGCUGGAGAAGAUGACCUAGUGGUUUUGGAAGAAUGGAUACGGACAUUUGAUAAACUACUUGACGCAGUAACUUGCCCGGCGAAUCAACGAGUAUCUUCUGCGGUUUACUACUUGACGAAAGUCGCAGAUAACUGGUGGGCAACGGGAAUCAAGUGCGAAGAAUUCUUGCGACUGAAGCAGAAAGGAGAAACUGUUCAGGUCUACUAUGACCAGUAUGUGGAGCUGAUGAGAUUUGCUCAGGAUAUUGUGCCGGACGAGGCAAGCAAGGCAAGAAGAUUUGUGCGAGGACUGGAUUGGGACGUGAGAAGGGCAAUCGCACCAUUCAUGUGCUCCACUCUCAAGGAGGCAUAUAAUCGGGCAUCGGAUCAGUACCAAGUGUACCUGGAUCAACAGGAAGUUUACGGUAGGAACAAAAGAAAAGCUGAGGAUAAACAGAAGAGAUUCAAGGUGGAUGAUCGGAAGUCUAACCAAGGGAAAUUUCAACCAAAGCAAGGAGAGAAGAGGGGAGGAACAGACCAGGGGAAACAGUCUGCUUGCAACAGAUGUGGAAAGAGUCAUCCUGGAGAAAAUUGUCAAGGGGUGAGAAUAAGGUGCUGCAAGUGUGGCCUCUUAGGACACAAAUUCUAUGAGUGCCAAACCAGGGUGGAAAACCUCCGGAACUCCUUGCAGAAUACCAGGCAAGGAGGAGGAUUCAAUGGGCACAACGGUCGGAAACCUGCGGAAUCAGGUAACAGGGGAGUUAAUUCUCCACAAGUGAACCGGGGAAGACCUACAUGUUCGAGCGAUAAAGGGAAGUCACCAAUGGGAGAAAGCAGCACAGGGAACCAAGGACGAAUCUACAUCGUCAACAGCGCUCAGGCUCAAGCUGGCGACGUCGUAACCGGUACAUUUCUUAUAAACUCGGUGUUUGGUUCAGUAUUAUUUGAUACGGGAGCUAUCAAUUCCUUUAUAUCAUCCACAUUUGCGGAUAGAUUGAAGUUAUGGCCUACUAAUAAGUUAGACUUAAAUGUGAGAACUGCCUCGGGGAUGGUGGUAGCCUGUAAGGAUCGAUAUGACAACAUUUCGAUAGAGAUUGCGGGAUUCAAUUGUUCCGGAAAUCUUAUUCGUUUUGAGUUAGAAGGCAUCGAUGUGGUACUCGGAAUGGAUUGGUUGGAUAUGUAUAAGGCUCAAAUUGUUUGUAAUGAGCGAAAUGUUGUCCUACGAGGACCGAAUGGGAAGAGAAUAUCCUACCGAGGGAUUGAGAAGCAACCCGAGCCCAAGUUGAUGACAAUGCAGAAGUUGAGGAAGUACGCUCGCCAGGGGUGUGAAGUGUACCUCUGCUUGGUGCAGGAUGCUGAGAUGGAAGAACCGGAGAUCAAUCAAAUCCCAGUAGUGCGUGAAUUUCCCGACGUGUUUCCAGAGGAUCUCACGGAAAUGCCGCCGAAAAGGGAAGUGGAAUUCACUAUUGAUCUCGCACCAGGAACCGCGCCAAUCUCAAAAGCGCCUUAUCGAAUGGCACCGAAAGAGAUGGAAGAAUUAAAGGCUCAAUUGGCAGAAGAACUCAAUCGGGUCACAGUGAAGAACAAGUACCCAUUGCCCAGGAUCGACGACCUGUUCGAUCAAUUGAAGGGAGCUGGAGUAUUUUCAAAGAUUGAUUUAAGGUUAGGAUAUCACCAAGUGCGAGUCGUGGAGCAGGAUAUUCCCAAAACAGCAUUCCGGACUAGAUAUGGGCACUACGAAUUUGCCGUCAUGCCGUUCGGAGUGACAAAUGCACCAGGGACUUUCAUGGACUUGAUGAACAGGAUUUUCCUUCCAUAUCUAGAUAAGUUCAUCGUUGUCUUUAUAGACGAUAUCUUGGUUUACUCAAAGACACCAGAGGAGCACGAAGAACAUCUUAGGACAGUAUUGCAAAUGCUGAGGGAAAAGAAACUUUUUGCGAAACUGUCUAAGCUCAAUUUGGAAAUAAGAAUGGGUAGUCAAGUGGAACAAGAGAUGAAACUAUAUCACUUGUCGGUCACCCCAAACCUAUUUGAAGAAAUCAAACAAGCACAAGGAGACGAUAAUGGGGUGAAUAAACUCAAGGAGAAAAUGAUUGAUGGAAAAUGUGGUUCAUUUGAGUUACACCCAGAUGGGAGUGUUAGAUUUCAAGGCAGAUGGGUUAUACCUGCAGGUUGUAAGAAGAUAAUGGAUUAG